AUGAGCACUCCCAGGAAGGCCGCCGGUAACAACGAGAAUACAGAAGUCUCAGAGAUCAGAACCCCCUUUCGGGAGAGAGCCCUUGAAGAACAACGUCUCAAGGAUGAGGUACUGAUCAGAAAUACGCCAGGUUAUAGAAAACUUUUAUCUGCUUCUACUAAGUCUCAUGACAUCCUCAAUAAAGAUCCGAACGAAGUACGAAGUUUUUUACAAGACUUAAGCCAAGUGUUAGCACGCAAAUCACAAGGCAACGAUACAACUACUAAUAAAACUCAAGCACGGAAUCUAAUAGAUGAAUUAGCGUACGAAGAGAGCCAACCAGAGGAGAAUGAGCUUCUUCGGAGCAGAAGUGAGAAACUGACAGAUAACAACAUUGGCAAUGAAACGCAACCUGAUUAUACUUCCUUAUCGCAAACAGUAUUUGCAAAAUUGCAGGAAAGAGACAAAGGCUUGAAAAGUAGGAAGAUUGACCCGAUAAUAAUACAAGAUGUUCCCACGACAGGACACGAGGAUGAAUUGACAGUGCACUCUCCAGAUAAAGCUAACAGUAUCUCUAUGGAAGUUUUGCGCACGUCGCCAAGCAUUGGAAUGGAUCAGGUAGAUGAACCGCCAGUACGUGAUCCGGUACCAAUUUCCAUAACGCAACAGGAAGAACCACUAUCUGAAGAUUUACCAAGCGACGAUAAAGAGGAGACAGAAGAAGCAGAAAACGAAGAUUAUUCGUUUGAAAACACCAGUGACGAAAAUUUGGAUGAUAUAGGCAACGAUCCUAUCCGUUUAAAUGUCCCUGCGGUGAGACGUUCUUCUAUAAAACCGCUGCAAAUAAUGGAUCUAAAACAUCUUACAAGGCAAUUUUUGAAUGAGAAUAGGAUAAUAUUGCCGAAACAAACGUGGUCUACUAUACAGGAGGAAUCUUUAAAUAUAAUGGAUUUCUUGAAACAAAAAAUCGGCACGUUACAAAAACAGGAAUUGGUAGAUUCGUUUAUCGAUAUGGGUAUUAUCAAUAACGUUGAUGAUAUGUUUGAGCUCGCGCACGAAUUGCUUCCCUUAGAACUUCAAUCAAGAAUUGAAAGUUAUUUGUUCUAA